AGGAGGAGGAGGUGGUGAAGGAGGUGGAGGUGGAGAACGACGGCGACAAGGAAGGGGAAGAGCAAGGGCACGAAGACAGUCAGUCUCGGAUGAAAUUCGAGCCACUUUAGUUGACCAUGUCCUUGUCCAUGGGAUGACUAUGAGGGAGGCUGGGCAACGAGUACAACCAAAUUUGAGUCGCUUCACUGUUGCCUCCAUCAUCAGAACCUUCAGGGAGGAAAACAGGACACAGAGACGACCACCUGGUGGAGGCAGGUUAAGGCUUUUGUCGGAGGAGCAAGAGAGGGAACUUGUAAACAUGGUAAUUGCAAAUAAUGUAAUCCGCCUGCAAGAGAUUCAAAGGAGAGUGAUUGAGGAUGAUCAUCUUUUUCGAGGCAUAAAUGCCAUCAGCCUCUCCACAAUUGACCGCAUCCUCCGAAAGAAUCAAUUCCGGAUGAAACAGGCAUACCGAGUCCCUUUCGAACGAAACUCUGACAGAGUGAAAAACCAACGUGUGGAAUAUGUUCAGAGAAUCUUUGAGAUUGAAGGACGGCCUGUUCCCCAUGAAAUGAUCUUUGUGGAUGAGGCAGGUUUUAACCUGACCAAAAGAAGGAAAAGGGGGAGGAACAUAAUUGGCCAUCGGGCUAUUGUAAAUGUCCCUGGUCAGCGUGGGGGGAAUGUCACUAUGUGCGCAGCCAUCAGCCAACGAGGGGUACUCCACCGCCAUGCCGUACUAGGACCCUAUAACACUAUGCUUCUCCUUGCUUUUCUUGAUGGUUUAAGACAACAUAUGUUCCAGCUGGACUACAGGGAACCAGCACAGCCAGAGCAGCCUCACUACGUUGUUGUGUGGGAUAACGUCAACUUCCAUCGCGCUGCUCUGGUUCGUGACUGGUUUACCAAUAACCCAAGGUUUUCUAAUAUCUUUCUGCCUGCAUACUCCCCCUUUCUAAACCCGAUAGAGGAGUUAUUUUCGGCAUGGCGGUGGAAAGUGUAUGACCGAGAACCUUAUGUCCAUGUUCACCUCCUUCAGGCCAUGGAAGAGGCCUGCCUAGACAUAUCAGUAGAUGCAUGCCAGGGGUGGAUCAGGCAUGCAAGAGGAUUUUACCCCCGCUGCCUGGCUGGGGCCAAUAUAGCCUGUGAUGUGGAUGAGAUUCUCUGGCCUGACCCAGACCAAAGACAAGAUGCUGUGGUGGGAUAA